AUGGCCGAAGAGCUCAUUAUAUUAUCACAGUGUGCACCGUGGUUCCAACUCAAUGUCUCCACUUCACACGGCCAGGAACCCCUCCCUGAGAACAAUGACGCGGAUCCUUGGCUCAUAGAAAAUACUGGCAAGAAUUACUCUCAGCACGCAAAAGUUGGUUACGUCAACUGGUACAAGGACUACCAGCUUGUCACAAGAAGCCCAAGGAAGGGAUGA